AUGAAUGAAUCAAUCAUGAAUGAGAGAUUCCAUUUUUCAUGACCUAAAUCAAUGUUUCUCACUUCUAAAGGUUGUCUUUUUGACAACUAAUCAUAUUCUAAUUCUCUCUGCCCUUUAUGGAAAAAGAGUUUUGUGAGUAUUUCUUUAUUUAUUUCUGUCCAAAUUUGAUGAUCUGUAAGAAUCUCUCUUUAUUGGGAUUGCAAUUUCAAAGUUUUAGAAGAAAAAAAAUCAAACUUUACAUCUUCUUCUUCUCUCUGCUUUUGCCUUCACGAGUAGAGAGAGCCAUGGACACACUCAUUGCUCAGUUACAGAGACAAUUUCGUGAUUACACCAUUUCUCUCUAUCACCAGGGGUUUUUGGAUGAUCAAUUCACUGAAUUGAAAAAGCUGCAAGAUGAAUGUAGUCCUGAUUUUGUGGCUGAGGUUGUUACUCUCUUCUUUGAAGAUUGUGAGAAGCUUAUCAGUAAUAUGGCUAGAGCUUUAGAUCAGACAGGAAAUGUAGAUUUCAAGCUAGUAGGUUCUAGUGUUCAUCAACUCAAAGGUAGUAGCUCAAGUGUUGGUGCCAAGAGAGUCAAAGGUCUUUGUAUUACCCUCAAGGAGUGUUGCGACUCUCAGAACUAUGAAGGGUGUGUGAGAUGUUUGCAGCAAGUGGAUAUUGAGUACAAGACUUUAAAAGCAAAGCUUCAAGAUUUGUUUAAUCUUGAGCAACAGAUUGUCCAAGCUGGUGGUAGAAUCCCUCAAGUGGAUAUAUAAACAAUAGACCUAUCGCCAACAGAAUAGCGAGAUGAUGAUGAUCCAGUUGCAUUCUUCAGGCGAGUACUACUCGGAUUUGAACUUAGAAAAAAAAAAAAAAAACUCUUGAGAAUGUGUGGAAAAGUGAGGUGAUUGUUGUUCAUAGAUCAGUACUAUGUAUCUUUUGUAUCAUCUCUUGGAUCUUGAUAGUGAUCUUAUCUGAAUAGUAUGAAUUUGCAUCUCAUAA